AUGUUGCGAGCAACAAGAAACAUAAUCAACAAUACAAAAUUCAAACUUGCAGUCGCCACAACCUGCCUUCGACGUAUUACAGGCUUUUCGACUCAAACUGUCCGAUACACAAGACAGGUCAAUUAUUUCAUGAUCUUCGGAAUAAUAACUAUGUUUUUUUGCAGAUUGACAACAUUUCUGACACCGUUUCACUUUUGGGAAGAGGCGACGACGAGAUUUCGGUGACUUCUGAAUUGGCAAUUGAUAAUAGAGAUUCAACAAUUGAUGUUUUGAAUGGUGACGAAGUUGUUUCUGUCAAAGAGAACGAUUUGAUUGGUUGGAAUGGUAAUGAAGUUGUCGACGCUAAUAAGGAAAUUGAUAUCGAUGUCAAUCAAAAUUAUCUCUAUUACGGAUUAGAUCUUACUAUCGGAAGCUGCUUUGAUUUGACUCAAUCAGACGACGAAAAAUACGACGACAAAGUUGAGCGUCAUUACAAGAAGAAGUUCAACAAAAAAUUCAGCAAAAAUAAAAUGGCAUAUAAUUCGCUCAGUAUGCUUAAUAUUUUUUCGGACAAGGUAAUUUUUGUUGUUUUUUUUAAACUGAACAACCAUGUUUUUUUUCAGAUCGACGAUAUGUCUGACACAGUUCCAAUUUUGGAAAACAGAGACGAUGAGAUUUUCGUGACUCCUGAUAUGGCAGCUGCAGAUACCGUUUCAUCGAUUGGUGUUUUUAAUCACGAUGAAGUUGUUUCAGUCGAAGAGAAAGAUUUGAUUGAUUGGUAUGCCGAUGUCAAGCAAAGUUAUUUUGACCACAAAUCGGAUAUCAGUAUUGGAAGCUGCUCAGAUUUUAUUCAAUCAGACGUCGAAAGCUUUGAUGACAACGUUGAACUUCAUAAACAACAAAUGUUCUACAAACAGUACAGCCCAGAUGAGUUGGAAUACCUUGAAGGUUUGGCGCUCAGUACUCUCACUAUCCGUUCAAAUAUGGUAAUUUUCUGUUGUUGUUUAUCAAUUUAUGUUAAUCAAUAUUUUCUAGGUUACACAAGGUAGAAUUCGUUUGUCAACUGAUGAGAGUGCUUCAAGUGAUUUGAAUGAUAGUGGAUUUAAGCAAUUUGAAGACGACGAAAUGGACAUUGGGAACAUUUUCAGUGAAGAAUUUCAUGUUGGCGACGAUCUCUUUCAAUAAAUUAAACUCUUGUUUUAUCAACUAAUCAUCAUUCUAAGAAAUUAUCUCCACCCUCAAAGUAUUCAUUUUUCAUAGUUUUAAUAUAUUCCACUGACUUUAGUGCUUUUAUAGAUGCUCCAUAGAUUGUUUUUGUACAUACAUUCACAAAAAUAAGUGUAAUUAAUGUUAAUAUCAGAGUUCUACAUCAUAUAUUAAUCUUCUCAAAGUGUUUUCCUUUCUUUUAAUUAAAAUUUUCAAUAACCACGUUUUUAAUUUUUCUGCCCCUCAUCAUUAUACAUUUUCAUUUUAAUACCAAGUUUUCAUAAGAUUUUUUUUGUAAAUAAAUUUAUUAGUUUGAAAUGUCUUCAUAAAACGAAUCUGAAACAAUAAAAUUUUCGAACACUUCAGAUAUACCUAACCAAACAUGGUCCCACUUUCCAUGAGUACCUCAAAACAUUUUUGAAAAAGAUUUUUGCUCUCAUUAUUGAAAUUAUUCAUUAUUAAUUUAUCAAAGUAGAAAAUAAUUCGAAAAAAAUUGAACCUGAUAAAAAAAUUGUUCUUAUCAUCUGCAACGAUAUAAAUUAGUCUUCAAAGGUUUUUGGUGCAUUCUAUUGAUUAUGAAAAAAUAUUUAUGUUUUUUAAUUUUUAGUGUGCUACUAUAUUCAGGAGAUUCUAGUGUACACCCGGUAAUUAAUAAGAUAUUCAAAAUUAUUUUGAAAAUAUGAAGUUAUAAUUUAGAAACCAAUUGUUGCUGGUGUAAGAGUUGAAAAUGAUAUCAAUAGCCCGGGAUUCAUUGGAUACACUGAAUCUGGUGAAAUAAUGGUGGAACCAAAUGUUCCUGUUGAUGUUGUGAUUUUUGGACAUGGCUUAGAAUAUGUUGACACGAUUUCAUUUACUGAUUCAAUCUGUUUGACUUCUGAAUUUAAUGUGACAAGCGAUUCAUUCCUCAUCCACAAAGACACUCGAAUUGUUUUCAAGCACACAUUUAUUGAGUGAGAAUUUCCCUAAAAACAUUUGAAAUUCAUUAUUAUUUUAGAUGGGCAACACCUUGGCGGAUAUGUGUACGACCAGAACAUCACAGUCCAUUUUUAAUUGAUGAUGAUCGUACUUGGAUCGUCACAGAAAAACCAUUCCAUGAAACGUAUUUUCCAACACAUAUUCAAAUUUCAAUUAUGGUUGUUAUGUUUAUUUUAUCAUCUCUCUGCUCUGGUUUGAAUAUUGGGUUGAUGGGGUUGACACCGCAAGAAUUGAGGAUUCUCAUGAAAUGUGGUACGUCUAAAAAGAAAUAUGAAUAUUUUACGCUUUCACACAUUUUUUCAAUAUUCAGGUUCUGAAAGAGAACAAAAAUAUGCAAAAUCUAUAUUACCUGUUCGAAUGAAGGGUAAUCAACUAUUAUCAACUGUUAUUAUUGUGAAUGUUGUAAGUGAUCUUGAAUAUAAACGAUACCAAUUUAUCAAAACAUAAUUUCAGAUUGUCAAUGCUGCUAUCACAAUUUUGUUUGAAGAUUUAACCGAAGGUCUCAUUGCAUUUUUUGCAUCAUCAGCUGGAAUUGUUGUUUUUGGAGAAAUUCUUCCACAGAGUCUAUGUGUGAAAUACGGUUUAGCAAUCGGUGCAAAAACAAUUCAUAUCACAAAAUUCUUUAUGCUUGUAACAUCUCCAAUUACAUAUCCGUUGGGAAAAAUUCUUGACAAAUAUGCUGGAACUGAUAUUGAUACAGUAGAUCGUGGAAGAAUUGUUGAGAUGUUGAAAAUGAAUAUGGAACAAGGACAAUGUGACACUGAUAUGGCCACUUUGAGAAUUGCUGUUGGUGCGAUGGAAUUAAGAAAAAAAUCAGCAAAAGAUGUGAUGACUAAAAUUGACGUAUGAUUCCUUCCCAAUUCCCCACAAAAAUGUGACUAUUUCAGGACGUCUUCAUGUUAUCUGAAGAUCAAGUUCUGAAUGCUGAGACAAUGCUGAAAAUAUCAGACAGUGGAUACUCUAGAAUUCCAGUUUAUGAACAAAACAAUAGAAACAAAGUGAAAUCUUUGUUAUAUGUUAGUGAUUUGGCAUUAAUUGGAAAAGAUAAUAAUAUCACAGUUCGAGCUGUAGCUGGUUUUAAUAAACGGAAAUUACGAAUAAUUGAUGAAAAUAUGCCGUUGAUUGCAUUGUUAGAAGAGUUCAAAUUGGGUGAUUAUCAUUUGGCAAUGGUUGCACAAAGUCACGAUUAUGAAAAAACAAAUAAUGUGAAGUUUGUUGCGAAUCAUCUUGAUCAUUUCCUUGCUGUAAGAAUUUUUCCAAUGAGUUUGUCUUUGAAAUUUUAUAUUCUUUCAGAAUAGCUUGAAAGUUGUUGAAGCAACUGCUGAACUACUUCCACCUCUUGAUCCUGAAAAUGACAUGACUAUAACUCUUGUUGGGCUUGUGACUUUGGAAGACAUCACAGAAGAACUUUUACAAUCUGAAAUCACCGAUGAAACUGAUUGUGAUGUUACUGACGAAGCGCAAAAACGUCGUCGUGCUCAUAUGUCAAAGAAACGUAUAGCUGAAUUGAUAUGUAGUGAGAAAAAGAGUGAACGAUUAUCACUUCACAUGCUUCAGGUAAACUAGUUUCAGAAACAUGCAAGAUGCAAGUUUGAAAAGUUUAGAUGACUGAACGUUGGCUGCUCGAGAAAAGUCCACUUUUUGAUCCAGUUUGGAUGGAUCCACAAGCAUUUGAAAACUUGAUUCAACGAAAUAUCAGAGAGGUUUGAAAUCGUGAACUAUCCUAAUUUAUGAUAAUGAUUUUUACAGGUUUUGAUAGUUCCUCCAAAAAACAGUACUGCUCCAAGUACCGUCAAGUUAUAUGAACAUGGAGCGGUUAGCAAACGAUUCAUAUUGUUGUUAGAGGGAAAAGCUUCAAUUGUUUUCAGAGAUGUGAGUUUUUUAAUCGAAAUUGUAAUUAAGACAGAGAAAUUGGGAGAAAGCAUUGACUGCGUAUAUUUAGAAAAAAUAAAAACUUCCAAAUAUAGAAUCUCAGAACACGUUUAGGUUUAUUCAAACUGAAUUUAGAACAUCCAAUGUUUUUAUAUAACUCCAAAUUGCAUUUGAGAACUAAUUUUUAAUAUUUUUCAGAGCAACCUGGUUUUCGAAGUUGGUCCAUGGACUUGUCUUGGGGAAGCAAUUUUGACAAUGGUUGAGAAGAGUUUGCUAGAAUGUAAAGAACCUCUCACCGGAUUCUAUUUCAAACCCGAUUAUGACCUGAUUGUCAGCAAAAAUUGCAGAUUCCUACAGGUAUUUUUCACCUCUGUGAAAUCCCUUUAAAAAACAAAAUCCGAUUCCAGAUUUCAACAUCUUCACUGUUCCAUUCUGUUAGAAUUACUCAAUUUGUGAGAGAACUGAAAACUCCAAAAUUAUCAGUGACUAGUGAUGAUAAUGAUUCAGUUCCAGAGUUACGAAAGGUAGUGAAAAAAAGAGAAAUAUCAUCAUAUAUAAUAAAGUCUCUUUUUUUAGUUCACACGAGGUGCCGCCUCUCCAUCAGCUCGAAAAAGGUCAGCUUCAAGUAUAAUCGGAAGUCUUGCACUUCCUCCAAUUCAAAUUGCCACAAAAAUUGCAUCAGUUGAAGAGCUCAAACCAUUUAUUCCACCAAAUUGA